CUGGCCAAUCAGAUGUGAAACCGGACGUAACCGGAAGUACGUUGGUCAAAACUACGGCGAACUGCAAAGUACAGCAAAAUAACAUAUGACUACAAUCUCCACAAUGAAACAAAAGAAAAUCAAGUUUAAGGUCUUUGGACAUGUUAUUUAAUGCCUCGCAAAAGCUCCAAGACUGCAAAGCCUUCGUUGCUGUUCGCCGAGAAGCCUGUGUGCAGCACGAGCCUCUCGUCCUUUCCUGAAGUCCGGGCUGCUUUGCAUCCCAAAGAGUUCUUUGCCGAGACGCCAACGCGCAGCCACCUCAGCUCCUGGGUAAACCCACAGUUUGAAACGUCACUGGAGUCCACGGCUCCCACGAAAAGACGCGGCCGGCGUAGGAAGUGCAUCUUGGGCAAGAACCUCCAGGACACUUGCAGCCCGUCCUCCAAGAAAAGCCAAAGCAAUUUCCCCCUGCUGUCGUUCCAGUCUAACGGGCACCUGCCUCGACCUCACCGAGCAAAGAGGUCGCACGUGAGCCACGCAGACUCUGGAGGAGAGGCGUCGAAAAAUGGGGCGUGCCAAAGGAAUGCACCGACGAGGCAAAUCUUCAAAAAGCGGGACAUUGCCUCAUGCUCUUCCUCCUCCAGUCCACCGGUGGUGAACGAAGGGACCUCCAUCUGUGCACCACCGAAUGUGGAUACUCCAAAAGUGAUGCUACAUGCUGGUCAUGACUCCUCCAUAUCCCCCUCCUCCUCCUCUUCUUCUUCUUCUUCACAAUGGCUUCUCACCCAGCCCUGCACACCGCCACGCAGCCAGCCGCCCGAGACGCUGGUGCCGGACACACCUGAGCGCCACUACAACCUGAAAGUGACCUGGAGGAGGCGCCUGUGGUUGAUGGCAAUGUUGGAGGAGAGAGGACAGCUGACGCCAUGGAACAAGCUCAUCACCAGCUAACGUUGGCUUACCACUCCUAAUGCAAACGUUAUGGACAAUGUGAGGAAACUGUGCAUUUUACAUGAAACAAUUAUGGCUAGAAAGAGUUUUUGGUGUUCAAACGAAUGGUUAGCAGCAAGACAAUUGACAUUAAAGUCACAUAAAAACCU